AUCGGUGGGGAUAAGACUCUGGAGACUGUCACAACACUACCAAACAUCUUGAAGAAGUUCAACCCGUCCUUAAAGGGGUUCUCCAAAGGUCAGGGCUCACUACAGAAGGGCUUCAACAUGGCUGUAUCUGGAGCUAAGAGUUCAGAGAUCCCAGAGCAGGUCCAAGCUCUCAUCAAGGCCAUGAGAGAUAAUAAGGCUGUGAAUUUUGAAAAGGAUUGGAAACUUGUGACGAUAUUCAUAGGGGAGAAUGAUCUUUGCAACUACUGCUUGGACCAAAAUAACCUGUCACCCAAGAACUACAGCCACAAUCUGAUGCUCAGUUUGGACAUGCUGUACAAAGAGGUACCAAGGCUGUUGGUUAAUGUCGUGGAGCCUUUGCAGAUGGAUCCAUUGAAAACAGUUCAAAAGAACACGCUUGGCUGUUCCCUCUUGCAAAGGGCCAACUGUCCCUGUGUUAUCAAUCCAACUGAAAACUCCCCAGAGUUUAAAGAGAUGAAACGAAUCAAUCUUGAGUAUCAGGCUGAGAUCCAGCAGCUUAUUUCUGGAGAUCGCUACGAUGGGAAAGAAGACUUUGCCGUUGUCCUUCAACCCUUUUUAAAGAAUUUCUUUAUCCCUCAUAUUGGAGUGGGUGAGGCUGACUCCAGUUUCUUCUCUGUGGACUGCUUCCACAUCAGUGAGCGAGCUCAUGCUGAGAUGGCCGUCGCCCUGUGGAAUAACAUGUUGGAGCCCGUAGGCAGAAAACAGGCCUACAACAACUUCACGUAUGACCGCUCCAAGAUUCACUGCCCCUCUGAGGUCAGUCCUUUCAUCUUCACUAAGAUGAACAGCCUACCAAACGUACCAGAGACAAACACCACCACCACGACCAGCGCUCCUGUCUCAGAUGCCAUCACCACAGCACCUACCUCCCCAGAGCUCAACUGUCCCCCCUCUGUACCUGUGUGGACCCCCGUGGUUGUGGGAUUUGGGACUUUUCUGGGGGGCAUUUUUGUUGCCUGGCGUAUUCACAAGUGCAGACAGGGUCGGCAAAACAUAGCGUAGGAAGCGGUAGAAAUGCAAGCAGUUGGUUUAUAGUCCAGUUACUCAUAUCAAGCUGUAUUUACUGUCUGAAGUAUAUUUAAGUAUUAAAGCUGCAUCAGGCAUUUUUAGCCACUAGAUGGCGGAGAGUAGACUCCGGAAAAACCACCCAGCAAGAUGUUUGAUUUCAUUCAAUGACUGCUUGUUUGCUUUAGCUCACUCAAGGUGAUCGUAAGGAGUCAGUUUGUCUGAAGUUUUGUUGCAGGAGCAGCUUUUUUUCUUUUUAGGAGUGUCAAUUUGAGCCAACUCUUGACGAAAUCAUGUAGCUGUGGCACCAACAAACCUCAACAAUGAGUUGAAAUGAGCUGCAGACUGAGAUGUGGACUCUCAGUUGAAUUGGCAACCUCUUCACG